CUUACACGCCCGAGCUGCCCCACCCCCCAGGAGCUGUUGUUCGCUGUGGGGGCCGCCAUGGCGCUGCUGGGCUGGGAGGGCUGGAAGAUGGGUGAGCAGCUGAUGCCGGCAGGCGUCUUCCGCAGGGCGGCGGCGGCAGUGCGGGCGGUGCUGGCCAAGCCGUACGCGGGCGUGGAGGAGCGGUGCGUCACCGAGGCUGCUCGCGCGCUUGCGGCAGUGGGCUGUCGAGACGUCACCAGACCUAGCAACGUGCUAGUGGGCAGUGCUCACAGCGGCAAUGGCAGCAACAGCUGCUGCGGCAACGGCAGCAGCAACUCAGGGAGGCCAGCAGCAGUAGCACAUUGCGAGGACCAGCAAGACGACAGAGGGGAAGACCUGGAAACUUACGAGCCGUUAGAGCUGGGUGUUAUCAGCGGGUUCCUGCCGACGCCUGUUGCCUGUCCCAAGGCUGCUGCUACCACAAUCGGCGCUUGCACCGUAGUGGCGACAAGGGUUGUGGUUGACAUUUGCACGCGGCAGGAUUACGCCAGCAAUGCGUCGGAUGGACAACCGCUGUGGGGCCGGGCAAGGUUACGACAGACGUUGCUGGCAUCACUGCAAGGAAGUAGUGGUGAAGAGGAAAUGACGGCAGGACGGGUGCUCGUGAGACUGCUUGUACUGGACGAGCAGAAGCUGCUGUCUUCCAUGCAGCAGGCCGGCAGAAAAUCUUCGACUGGGGCGGGGUUGACGACGUCAUCAUCACAGGUAGCGGUUGAACCGAGCUUUGCAUAUGUGGAAUGGGCAUUGCAGACGGCUGUAGGGUAGGUCGUUAGCUGCGUAGUGGCUAGGUUUGCUGGGAUGAGCUUGGAUGGAGUUGGUAUGGAGGGUGAACGCUACCGGGCUGGUGGCCCCGUCCUCGCAAGGUGAUGUGAUUCAUGUAAGUAAAAAUUAUCUGUUGCUACGGGGUUAGCUUACAAACAGCAGGGUGGCCUACAUGGUGUUGGGCCUCAAUACAUGCGCGGUUCGUGUGGUAGCAAAAAUGGCCGCAAAGCCCCUUCCUUUGGCGUGUUUCAUCGCUGGAGCAUGACACCGUAUGUGCCCCGCUCAGUGUCUUGGGAAGGGUGUAUACUAAUUAUCACACACAAAUUCCAAUUACUGGUGUAUAGAAGAAUUCCUGGCGGACCCGCUUAUUAUUAGGAACUUUACCACUGUCACUUCACGGCCAAUUACUUCUAUCAUGCUUUAAGGCGCAUGCCGGCGGGCCACUGCUUCGUUCCGCAUCUCACGC